AUGAUCAUCAGAAGAGAAAAGUUAAUUAAAAAGGAGUAUUCUCCUACUUUACCAUUAGUUACUAAUGACAUUAGGAAAUACACUUUUAAGGAUGUUAUUGGAUCUGGGACAUUUGGGAAGGUAUAUAAAGCUACACACAGAUAUUAUAAUUUUGCAAUCAAGAAAUUUAAUUAUAGAAAAUCUGCAUUACAUGUGACAACCGUUAGAGAGAUAUUAAAUCUAAUGAAAAUGAAAAAUAAGUCUAACAGGAUCAUUUCACUAGUGGAAGUUGUAAUAACAAAUGAUUGUGUAUAUGCGGUAUUUCCAUUAAUGAGUAAAACACUUGAUACGAUUAAGUUUAGAAAUAUUAAGCAUGUUCAAAUGCUAUUUAAACAAAUUGUUGAGGGAGUUAGAGAUAUUCAUAGGGAAAGAAUAAUACAUAGAGAUUUAAAACCAUCUAAUAUUCUAGUAGAUAAACAUGAAAAGGAAAUUAAGAUAAUUGAUUUGGGGAUGAGUAGAAAUAUCAGUGGUUGUAUGUCUGGAAUGGUAACAACGUUAAUUUAUAGGGCACCUGAACUCUUAAUAGAUAGUACCACCGGAUAUAAAACAUAUGGAUUUGGAGUGGAUGUUUGGAGUAUUGGAAUUAUAUUUAUAACAAUGUUAAUAGGUAAACCAUUAUUUGAUAAACCAACUGAAAUAGAACAAUUGACAUUCUUAAAAGUUUCUAUAAAAGAGAAAUUUAAAGAAACAUUUAAUUUUAUAAAAGAUGAAACAAUAUUUGAUUUGUUAGAAAAUAUGCUUAAAUGGGACAGAUUGGAGAGAUUUACAAUUGAAGAGAUAGCAGAACAUGAGUUUUUUAAGAAAGAAUAUUCAUAUGAAGAUUUCUUACCUAAGCAUUUUUAA